UCUGAAGAACUUUUUGAUCUUUGACAGGAAUCAAGAAGCAGAAGAAGACGCAGAGGAAUACGAAGAAGAAGCAAACAAUUGACGGUGGCCUGACGACGGAAGAUCUCGAAAGAAGGAGAAAAGAGGACGCUGCUCUUUUACUCACUCGGUUUCUGGCUUGUUUUUGCGAGGGCAACCGCAACAAUGGCCGCCAAAGCUAUACCAAAGGACGUGGUGGUGAAGCUCAUCGUGGGCGCCGGGCAGGCCAGUCCCAGCCCUCCAGUUGGCCCGGCGCUGGGAAGUAAAGGCGUGAAGUCGAUGGACUUUUGUAAGGAAUUCAAUGCGCGAACCGCACACAUCAACGUCGGAACUCCGAUACCCGCACGAGUCACCAUCCGCCCUGAUCGAUCCUUUACAUUCGACCUCAGAACUCCGGUGACAUCCUGGCUUCUCCUGCAAGCGGCCAAGGUUGAACCGAGGAAAGCUCGCAUCCGGGGCGGCGAACGACCGGGCCACGAGACAAUUGGGAAUGUCUCUUUGAAACAUGUGUAUGAGAUUGCAAAGAUAAAACAGACUGAGCUUCGACUGUCGGGUUUGAGCCUCCAGGGACUAUGUAUGAGCAUCAUAGCCCAGGCAAAGUCCAUCGGCAUCAAGGUUGUGCCGUGAACGCGAUAUAUUCCUUCACCUCGCGUGGAGAUGUUCUAGAAGAACAGAGGAAAGGGGAAGCAUUGAGGAACAUGUACCGAGGUAAUCUACUUUCUGCAAGAGUUCGUCCAGACUGGGCGGCCGGAUCGAACGGGUUCUGCGUGGCCAUUGCAUGGCGUUUUUGCGGGUGGGCAAUUCUACUUCUUGGGCUUCUUUCUAUA